AUGGUGAACAACAGCUCCUUAUUAAUCGCUUCCGAUACCUUCCCAUCGCAGUGGGGAAUCAUCGAAAUCUUUAACACGUUAACCGCAAUAACCGGUGGUCUACUGAAUACUGCAGUGCUCAUCACGCUUGUCACCAAUCGCGCGUCUUUCACGCCGUUCACUAUUUACUUAAUCAAUCUGCUGAUCGCUAAUUUUAUCGAAACCGCUUGCGCCAAAUUAUUGAACGCUCUGCUGGCCGUCAGUCCGCAAUGUCGCACUCAUUCCGUUUGCGACUUUUAUUUGUUCACCAGCUACCUCGCCAUGGCUGGGAUGAUCAACAGCCACCUGAUAAUUUCCUUUAAUCGCCUGUGGGCCGUCAUCUUCCCGCACCACUACAAAAUUCACCACUCGAAGGUCAUGGCUGUCGCUAUCUGUGGCGUAAUGUGGAUAUACAUCUUUGCCACGGUGAUGCCUCAGUUAAUUCGUGACUCCCUAUAUUUCCGCGAAGCCUACACCGUCCACGGCCGUUGUAAACUGAACAACGACGCGCAACCGGUUCUGUAUUUAGCGACGUUGCUGAUCGUGUAUAUUAUCCCGGAAGUUGUCAUUUUACUGACGUUCCCAGUUAUUUGGCAUAAACGUCAGCGUCAUCGCAAGGUCUUACAUAUGACACUGUCCACGCAGCCGACGACCGUUGCGAGUGAGGUCACCGGGGGACGUACAACUGGUAAUAAUCGCGCGGAAUCGUCCCGUGCACAGAAAAAAAGUAUGCAGGUGCUGGUUAUUCUGAUGGUCAGUAUGGUGAUUUGUUGGACGCCGGUAAUGGGUGCCACGCUGGUGGCGUGUUUCAUGGACUUCAAGAACCGGAACUACUUUAACGUGGCCACAUGUUUGUUUGCCGUGGAGGCGGUAACCGAUCCCAUUCUUUUUGGAUUGGUGUUUAAUCGGCAUGCUCUCAUGAAACUUAAACUUUGCUGGAAAACCUGA